GAUUCAGUUGCUCAAAGUCUACAGAAAUAAGAUAAUGUUUUGGCCAUGAACUGGGUCUCAUGAUCCAACAAGGUCUACUUUGCGUAGGACACAUGUUUCUCAAUCAGAAUGUGGCGUAAAAAUUGAAAUGAUUCAUGGAAACUGGUGUUCACGCAGCAGAAAUGUAAAUAUAAGUUUCCGAAUCCUCAUCUCCUCAUCUCCUCAUCUCAUCUCCUCAUCACAAUCGACAUUCUAAAUCGUUUUCCAUAUCUACAAAACUUUAAAGCUUGAAAAGAUGUCUGUACUUCCUGGCGCUUUCCCAGACAAUGUCUCAUCAGGCGUCAAGGCAUUACUAGAAGAGCACUUCCAACUCUCCAACGCAGCCUCUUCUCACAAUGAUGACACCGCAGACGAACAAAAAUUCGCAAACCUUUUUACAAGCGAUGGAACUUAUGAAAUGGCAGAAAAGCAAAGUGUAGGGCACAAAGAAAUUGUCUCUUUUCGCCAAAAGUUCUUUAAGAACAUUCCACAUCGCGAGCAUCCAGUUGUGAAAGUUUUCACCUUUGGUUCAGAUGAUAUGAACCUUAUGUGCUAUGGAACUGUUGGAUUGAAGACAUCCGGCGAAACCAAAAAUAUGAAAGAGUGGGCAGGACGAUACGAGAUCGUCAAGACCGAUUCUGGCAGUUUGAAGUUCAAAUAUGUCCAGAUUAUUGUUACUGAGACCAGAGAUUCUGAAGGUUUUUAAGAAAUGAGCAAAGGGUUCGAGGGAAUUGUUGAGUCGAAAUUGUCAAAUCAGGAUAUUUACUUUGAACAGGAGGAUUAGGUUUAGGAAACAUGAAAAUGAUAUUCUUUAUUUAUCAAAAUGCAUAUCGUGCCACUCCUAAGUGAAUAAUUCCAGUGACA